AUGGUCCCCAUCAUAUCCACUGAUGGCUAUUUGAAUUCGAGCCUCCUCACCUCACAUUGUAUGGACACUAUGAAGCUGAUUCCUACUCUUACUAUUCUGCUGGUCGUCUUCAUAAUGUUCGUAGCCAAAACCGAGCAGAGUGAUGUGCCAUCUGUUUCCCGACCGCUGCACAGAAUAUCACGCUCAUCACUGCCACUCUCCUCCUUGUUGGUACCGUAUCCGCGAGUUGGCAAGCGCUCUUCGAUCUCAAGCGACAACACAAUGUACUCUCCAAUGUCAAUCAAAAAACGCCUGUAUGUUGCCCGUGUCGGCAAAAGACGUUAUUUGUAUACGGCUCGUGUUGGAAAGUAG